AUGGAGGAGGCUUUUACCUUGUCAGGGUUUAAUGACACACUCGGAUACAGAGCUGUUGUCUUUUCUCUUGCAUCGCUGUGUUACUUUGCUAUCCUGUCCUUUAAUGUUGCUAUUAUCAUUGUGAUUGUCUCAGAUGAAUGCUUACAUGAGCCAAUGUACAUUCUGUUAUGUGUUCACUGCAUUAAUGGUCUUUACGGCACGGCUGGGUUUUACCCAAAAUUCCUCGCUGACCUUCUGUCGUCCUCUCAGGUCAUCUCUUAUCAUGGAUGUCUGGUUCAGGCUUUUGUCUUAUACUCAUUUGUCUGCAGUGAUACGUCCAUUCUUACCGCCUUGGCUUAUGACAGAUACGUGGCGAUCUGUCUGCCUCUGCAGUACCACUCAAUCAUGACAAACAGAAGGGUUUACUCAUUGGUGUGUUUGUCAUGGUUAACUCCUUUCUGCAUUUUUUCCAUCAACAUUGUCCUGACAGCCAGAUUGAGGUUCUGCAGAACAAACAUACAGAGGCUCUUCUGUCUAAACUGGGUGAUUGUUAAACUUGCUUGCCCUGGCUCAAACACUGUCAUAAAUAAUGUUUACGCAUUAGCCACUUUGUCAAUCUAUGUAGUGCAUUGGCUCUUUGUGGUCUGGACUUACAUGUAUAUUGUUAAAACAUGCGUGCAAUCCAAAGAGGACAGGACAAAGUUUAUCCAGACAUGCGUCCCACAUCUAAUCUCUCUCAUCAUGUUAUUCGUCAUUGUGGUGUCUGACUUGAUGCACAUGCGAUUUACAUCAUCCGAUCUCCCUCUGAGCUUCCAGAACUUUUCCUCCCUCGCUGUUGUCCUUAUUCCCCCACUUACGAAUCCUCUGCUUUACGGGUUUAAACUCGCGAUGAUUCGAAAGAGGAUUUUUGUUUUGCUAUUCCUGAGAAAAAAACUGCCUGUGUCGUCUUAG